AUGCAGGCCACUGGGCCUCCCAUCGCUGGUGAGGGGCAAAAGGAAAAACUGCCGGUUUUGCAGUGUUUCCCAGUUUUUAACAUUUCAUCCCACUUUCACCCUGUUUCCAGAUUAUGUGAUAAUUUUUAGGACUCGGCUGUUGAGGAUGUGGUUGUGGAUUUUACUCAGGAAGAGUGGGCAUUGCUGGAUCUUUCUCAGAGGCAACUCUACAGAGAUGUGGUGAUGGAAAUCUUCAGAAGCCUGGCCUCAGUAGCUUCUAGAAACCUUAUUGAUGGAGAAAAGCUAUCCACUGAAAAGAUAAUCGUACGAUUCAUGAAAAAUGACACCUGGUCUUCAGUGGUAGGAGAAAUCCACGAAUUGCAUGGCACUGAACUUCAGAAUAACAACCAUAAAACACGUGUGAGCAUGCUGUCUGUUUUUAACAAAAGGCAUAUGAUAGAGAACCUCUGUGAAAGUAACAAUCAUUGUGGACAGACCGUCAGCCAGAUUCCAAAUCUUUCUGUGCUGAAAAGAACUAUGGAAGCAUAUCCUUCUGAAUGCCUUGAGUGUGGGAAAUCCUUGAUGAAUCAUUCAUCACUUAAGCAUCACAUCAAGUCUCACUCGGGAUGCAGCGCCUAUCAGUGUAAGGAAUGUGUAGAAGCCUGUAGUUCUCCCUCUUACCUCAGCACUGCUUUGAGAACUUUUACUGGAGAGAAAUCCUAUGAAUGUAAGGAAUGUGGCAAAGCCUUUCAUUGUUCCUCAGAGCUCAAUAUACAUAUGAGAAUUCACAGUGGAGAGAGGCCUUAUGUAUCUAAGGAAUGUGGGAAAGCCUUUUGUCAUUACUCAAACCUCAUUGCAUGUAUAAGAACUGACAGUGGAGAGAGGCCUUAUGUAUGUAAGGAAUGUAGGAAAGCCUUUAGUCAGUCCUCAGACUUCACUGCACAUAUGAGAAUUCACAGUGAAGAAAGGCUUUAUGAAUGUAAGGAAUAUGGCAAAGCUUUUAGUCUUUCCUCAAAUCUAACUAGACAUGUAAGAAUUCACAGUGGAGAGAGACUUUAUGAAUGUAAGGAAUGUGGCAAAGCUUUUAGUCGGUCUUCAUACCUCACUGCACAUAUGAGGACUCACAGUGGUGAGAGGCCUUACGAAUGUAAGAAAUGUGGCAAAGCCUUUAGUCACUCCUCAAACCUCACUAAACAUUUAAGAACUCACAGUGGAGAGAGGCCUUAUGAAUGUAAGGAAUGUGGCAAAGCCUUUAAUCAGUCUUCACACCUCACUUCACAUAUAAGAACUCACAGUGGUGAGAGGCCUUAUGAAUGCAAGAAAUGUAGUAAAGGCUUUAGCCACUCAUCACACCUCACUGUACAUAUGAAAACUCACAGUGUAGAGAGGCCUUAG